AUUAAUUAAAUUUAACAGUAAUAACUUCUCCCAUGCCAAAGGCUACGACGCAUGCUUGUCAAAAACCACGUGCUAGUCUAGAAAUUUCGAUUCUGAUGCAAAGGUUGUAGACAGCAAGUAUUCUGCAAAAUGGCCCAAGCAUUUAGACGGUUUCUGCCCAUGUUUGAUAGAGUGCUGGUUGAAAGAUUUAAGCCAGAGCUGAAAACUAAAAGCGGACUUGUCCUUCCAGAGAAAUCUCAAGGAAAAGUGGUGCAGGCAACAGUAGUUGCAGUUGGAUCAGGACACAGAACUGAGGAUGGAAACAUUAUCCCUGUUGGUGUAAAAGUGGGAGACAAAGUCCUUCUUCCAGAGUUUGGAGGAACAAAGGUCGUUCUUGAGGAACAGGAAUACUUCUUGUUUCGCGAUGGCGAUCUUUUAGGCAGAUUUGAAUCUUGAGGCAUUUACAACAAAGGAAUUACUGUUAAAAUAAAAACAUCAUGUGCUACAACGCAGAAAGAACCAUGUUAGCAUGCAGAUAUUCUUUCACUGUGAGUGAAAUUCAUAUUUUGUCAUCUAAAUCUCGAUGCGUGAGCAAGCCGAGACAGACGUGCAUAGUGAUUUUGUUUUGUUUUCAGAGGUGGACCUUUUGCAUGUACUUGUGUUCUUGAGCUUGAUUGUCUACACUUUUGAUUUUGAUAGGUAUAUAUGUUAUAGUUGUCUGUUGAACGGAUGUGUGCAUUUAUCAUGUAUUUUAAUCAGAUUACAUUGUGACUGUAUGAAUUCAUUAAAACAUAAAAUUGA